GCAUAAAGUAAUGUGGGACUUUUUUAUGAAUAUUAUUGGGAAGGUCCUCUUUGUUAUACUGUACAAAAUAGUCAGAGACCUAUAUCAUGGGAUAGGAAGAGGUGGCCAGAGGCCCUGCAUGGACAUUACUGGACAUGCUGACCGUUUGUAAAACACAUGUCAGAGAUGAUGAAACAAGCUUUUUAUUGGAGAGUUAAACAAUGACUAGCCCAGAAUGCAUGGCAAAGUUAUACAACACUGACAUCAUUGAAAACAAUGUGCAUUAUAAAGUAAACCAUAGAUAGGAUGAACCUAUUACGGAUCACAGUCUCUCUCUUUGGUGCAGUGUUUUUGAUUUUGUUUUGGUGUGAUGGGUGUGGCUCAGUUCGGAUUUCCUCAGGUGGGGAUUUGAACCUUGUUGUCAACCAAAUUAGAGGCCAUCUUUUACUGAUGCAUUUAGGACUUAAACCUGGAAGAUAUGUGAGGGAUACCUUUAAUGCAGAACUGAAUGUUAGUGAAAGUUAUCAAAGGCUAAAUGGAACAGAUAGUGGCUUAAGUUUGGCAGAAAAUGUAAAUGAAACAAUUGAAGUAGCUAAACAGGAAACAGUCAAUGUCACAGCUCAGUCACUUUCUGUGCUAAAUUCAACUUUAGUUCCAAAAUCAGAACCUGAGGCUACACCUGAGCCAACAACAAAAAGUGAGCCAGAACCAACUGUUGAAACAAGCCCAACUUCAGAACCUAUCAUAGAACCAAAGACAACACCUGAAUCUACAAGUGAGCCACAGUCCACAUCAGAACCUGCACCAAAAACAACCUCAGAACCAAUACCUGAACCAGAAGCCACUGUAAAAACAAUAAGUGAACCUGAACCAUCACACAAGAUAAACUCAACAGCGGAGCCUAUUUCAGAGCCAACAUCUGAACCUCAGCCAUCUGCAGAACCAGAGACUACAAGUGAACCUAAGCCUUCACAUGAACCAGUAUCUACAGCAGAACCAAUUGUAGAACCUGAGCCAACACAUGAACCUAAAUCCAUAGCAGAGCCUAUAAGUGAGCCAGUUUCUACAGCAGAACCAAUUCCAGAGCAAACUUCUUCUGAAUCAACUUCAGAACCAAGAUUAACAGCAGAGCCAACAAGUGAACCGUUGGUUACACCUGAGCCAAAACCAGAACCUAAGUCCUCUUCUGAACCAACCUCUGAGCCAAAAUCAACAGCAGAACCAACAAGUGAACCUGCUGUUACACCUGAACCUAACCCAGAACCAAAAUCUUCACCAGAACCAACAUCUGAACCAACAUUAACAGCAGAACCCACAUCAGAACCCAGAUCAACAGCAGAGCCAGAAUUAACACCAGAGCCAGAGGUAACUUCUGAGCCACAUCCUGAACCAAAUUCAACAGCAGAACCUACAGGUGAACCUAUCUCAGAACCAACAGGUGAACCAGGAUUGGUUUCUGAACCAACACCAGAAGCAGAAUCAUCAUCACCUGAACCAGAAGGUGAGCCAGAACCAGAGGCUGAGGGGGCAGCUUUUGCAGAGCCCCAUCCAGUAUGGGAUAUUGCUAUGAAAGAAUGGCAAUGGGGUUGGGAUAUUCUUGUGUAUUUCUUUGCAGCUGCAUUUCUUCUAAUUGGUGUUUUGAGCCUACUAAGUGUUAUAAGAUUAUGGAAAAUCAAACAUUUGCUUAGUAAAAACUACUUCAUGGUGCUAAACAUUUUAAUCAUCUUCAAAUGUGUUCUUCGGGCAUUAUAUUUACUUAUAGAUGCUUACAAUGUGCAUGAAACCUACCAUCCUGUGUUGGCGUACUUUCUGUACAGUACUGCCUUUCCAUGUUUAACAUCAGCAUUUAGUAUUCUGUUUUAUGCACUGUUACUCGCGACCAAAAUGAAAAUGUUGUCUUCCAAAAUACAGAAGUCCUCAGUGCUAAUUGGUAUAAUUGCAUUCCAUUUCAUUCUCUCCAUUUCAACAGAUUUUGUUGUUGGAUUUUUCGCAGAUGCCAAAAUCAUGCUUUUAAUUUGCCAGUCCUUUUACAUUUUAUGGGGAAUUAUUUUAUUCUUGGGAUAUAUUUUCAUUUUCCGACGAUUACGUGAGUCAGCAAUAAAACGCCGAAAAACCUUAAAGAAGCAUUCAAUUUCGUAUCCUUCAGAUGUUUCAAGGAAGUCAGUAGUGAGUUCCAUGGGAAGUCUUCCAAGACCGAAGAAAUCCAAAAAUAAAUCAACACUGAAUUCUGCAAUUACUGUGACACUGGUUGCAGCGGCCUGUGGAUUUUUCUGCAUUGUUUUAGAAUUAUUUGGAAUGUUUUAUGUCUUCCGUAUGUUCACAGAUAGUUACGUACCAGAACCUUGGCCAUGGUAUGUGCACCAGUUCCUUUUGCGUGUGUUCGAAAUAAUCAUGUGUGCAAUAAUGAUAUACGUUGGUUCGCAACCAAUGAAAUACAAUAGGAGAAAUGACUCUAAACCUUGUUAUCUGUUUUGUUUUGUAUUGAAAAAGUGCUGCUGUUCUAGUCAAGAAAAUUCUGAAAACGACCAAAACACUUCAUUUGGAAGUUCUCAUUUCAAGAGUUUCUCAGAUAGUGAGUACGAUUCUAGUGAUGCAAAAAGUUCAAAGAAACAGAAUAAAAAUGUAAUGGUUGAACAGAAUGGGAAUGGUCCUCAACCUUGUAAACAUACCCACAUCGUAAUCGAGGAAGGACUGGUGAGAUUUCGUAGUGAGGACGAUCUGACGGACGGUGUAUCAGACCGCGCCGCAAGCUUGCCUGAUCUUCUCCAUGGAAAUGCUGUUUCUACAGUAAACACUGGAAUGUGCAAUAUGGCGUUCAAUUCUAAUGGCAAUGUGACUGCUGCAAAUACACCAUUGCACAGAACUAACACCGAACCUUCCGAGAUAAUAGAGAAAAACCUGGGUAGUGUAGGGACCAUUGGGACUAUUGGGGCCAAUAUUCCAUCAAUUAAUCUUGCCCACAGCUUGCAGUGGGAGUUUGACAAAGCGUAUGACCGCAGCUUUCAGUUGGUAGACGACAAUGAUGACACGCCACCAGCAUAUAGAGAGGUGGAGAUGCAGGAACAAGGGGUGGAUCCGCCCACUGAUAAAUCGGAAUCUUCUGAGACAGAUGAUUCGUGCGGGCCCGUAUCACCCACAAGACUUCCCCUCAUUACAGGCGAAGAUUCAUCAGCUGAUGUUAGCCUAUGAAUAUAUUUAAAUGCUAAUGCCAUGUGAAAGUGGUUAAAAUUUGCCAUUAUUUAUUCCUUUUUGAUAUUGGUAUGAAUUGAUGUCUGUUAUUUUAAUUUAUUUUGGUUAGUUUAUUUUUUUCACUUAUCAAGUAAAUAAGUGUGCGCGUGCUUGUGUGUGUUUGUUUUAUUGUUAAGCACUAUGUCCAUGUUAUAUAUUUUAUUUGCAUACUAUGCACUCAUCAAAUAAUCACUUUUAAGAAUGGUUAUAGUCUUUAAACGUGUUACUUGUUCGUUCUUAACGCAUAUUUGUUAACAAUGACUUAUAUCAUGUAAGUUAAAUUUUGAAUUUGAAAGUUUUUUAAAAGUCACAAAUUUACAUGUACUGUCUAUAAGAAGGAUAACUGCUGAAUAGAGUGGCGUCUAUACCUAAGAACGAAAGAGUCGUUGUGUAAAUGUUAGUGUGAAUAUCGAUGUUUGAGUGAAAAACAAAAAGUAUCAUGAAGAAAUAUUCAUUUUAUUUCAGGUAUGGUUAUGAUGUAAACUUCUGGUCGACGAUAAUAUUUUAUUCUGCAGAAAAUUAUUACGAAUUAAAAUGAUAUAUAUCACAGUC